AUGACUGACCCCAAGAGAAACCAGAAUAGCUGUCAGAAAUACUUAACUUCACCUCGCUUCACUUCGUGUCAUCUAACACAUCAAGCAGACGGAAUACCGACUGUUAGCGCACCUUCGACUCAACUCUACAGAUACCUUCAUCCGCAUAACCACCUUAUCGCUAAUGCAAAAUUUGCCUGCCGGGGGUUGUCUAAUCAUCGAACUAAUAAAAUCCAUUCGGCAUGUUCAGUUGCAGCUCGAUUGCAGACCCAGAGAAAGUGCCCUUCUGACCUCGGAUUUGUUAUCGAUGGCGCAAGAAGUAUUGAGGUUCUUGGAAAAGGAAACUUCAAGAAAAUGCUGGAUUUUGUCAAAAAUGUUUCUUUGGGAUUCCACAUCUCUCCUGAGGAAACUCGUGUUGGGGCGAUAACUUACGGGACUGAACCUAUAAUAGCCAUCCCUUUCAACAAAUAUACCUCGCCUAAGGACUUAGCCCUCGCUAUUGAGAAUAUUUCUUAUCCAGGGACCUUUACAAUGACGGGAAAAGCAUUAGCCUUAGCCAAUGAGAAGCUGUUUGAUAAAAGAAGUCGGAUUAAUGUUCCCAAAGUUCUCGUUGUGCUGACAGAAGGCACUUCAAGGGACAAAGUUCAACCCUCUGCUCAGGCAUUACACAAAGCUGGAGUGACGGUCAUUUCUGUGGGUCUGGGUCCAGUUUAUAAUACAAGCCAGCUUAAUAAUGUUGCUUCAAUGCCAGCUGCUUAUCACGUGAUUAAAACUAGAUUUAACCAGCUACAAAGUAAAGUAAAUGAGCUGCAGGAUAAAAUAUGCCAAGCAAAGCACAAACGGAAUGAUUAUAUUUAAGCCAUGAAUCACGUGGAUUAGUUGUCAAAUAAUGCACAACUAGUUAUACAACUAUUUGCCAUGGGCAGGCAUUUAGGGAGGAUUUAUGUUUUUCUGACUACUACCUAUAAACAGCACAUGAAAAACAUCAACAAAAUAGUGUCACAAUAUUCGGUUCGGUGCAGAACACAUCAAUCAGAGCAAACAUUUGGCAAACAUUGGGAUGUUUGGCAAUUGACCAAUUUCAAUAUAUUAAAAUUCAACUUAAAACAAUGGACCUCAGUACGAGGAUCUGAGGAAUAGCUACAGAGUUUGUGGGGUUUAUUACCCAGAGCCUCGUUCUGAGGUCUAUUGUUUUAGGCUGAA